CCAUGAAAACAGCGCGGAGGUAGAAGGAGAGCGAGAUAAACUGGUUUUUAUGUCUGGGUGACACGUCCCCUUUAACGGAAUGGAAUUACAAAUGGUGGUCGUGGGCACAAAGCCGAUGCAAACCAAAGAGCUUUCUGAGAGUGUUACACCUAAUUGUAUUGGCAUAUCUAAACAGAAAGUAGUACAGUAGUCUAAAGUAAUGUGUGAAGCAAAGUUGCCUGUGCUAAAAAGAGAGUUACCAGUACCAAAAAGUCUGUCCAAGCUUGAAAAAAUGAGAAAUCACUAUCAAGAGAAGGUCCAUAGAGAAAAAGAGGAGAAGAUACUGACACUAUUCGCAAAGCAGCAAGAGUAUGCUACGCAGAAGGUUCAUGGAUCCUCCCUACGCACUUCAGAGCUGCGUCGUAAUGCCAGCAGCAACGAACGAAGGAAUAUUAAUGGCCAUCACUAUCCUCCUAGCUUGCACACAGCUCCAUUGCCAAUGGAAGAAAAAAACUGGGCCUCAAAUUGGAUUGUUUCCAAACGGAGUGCUGGAGUGGAUAGAGCACACCCUCUGAAACCUGUGUUUCACCACAAGAACCAAGGGAGUGUCAAAACAGAAACAAAUAUUUACCGCUCACAGUCUGCUCAUUCUGUAGGAAUCAAACUGGACAUUCCACACCCAGAAGAACAUUUACGUUUGAAAUCAGGGCCCAGUAGACCAGAAAUAUGGUUCCAACUGCAGAAGACAGAGCUGAGUUUGGAAGAAGAAAUCUACCGAAAGAAAGUUUUAUUGAAAGAAAAAUUGCGUCGAACGGAAGAAGAAUUACGCAGGAUUCAGAGAGAAAAGGAGGCAGCUGAGCUAGAGGAUACAUCAUUUAGAGGAAUCUCAGAAGGAAAUAGAACAAUGGGCAAAUCUGAUGAAGGAGUUGGGAAUUUGCACAACCUUGCUUUUACGUUGAAGGCAAAAGGGAAAUCCAAUAAACAUUUUAGAAAUCAAAGUUUAACUUAUCAAACAACAGACCCUCAAACAAUUAAACCGGUUUCAAACAAUGUGACAGAGCGAGAACAGCCUAUUCACAGAGGUGGAACAGAGAGAGAACAGCCAAUUCACAGAGGUGGAAAUGCUAGAGAACAGCCAAUUCACAGAGGUGGAAAUGCUAGAGAACAGCCAAUUCACAGAGGUGGAAAUGCUAGAGAACAGCCAAUUCACAGAGGUGGAAAUGCUAGAGAACAGCCUAUUCACAAAGGUGGAAAUGCUAGAGAACAGCCUAUUCACAGAGGUGAAACUGCGAGAGAACAGCCUAUUCACAGAGGUGGAACAGAGAGAGAACAGCCUAUUCACAGAGGUGGAACAGAGAGAGAACAGCCUAUUCACAGAGGUGGAACAGAGAGAGAACAUCUUUCUCACAGAGGUGGAACAGAGAGAGAACAUCCUACUCACAGAGGUGGAACAGAGAGAGAACAUCCUACUCACAGAGAUGGAAGCCCAGAAUUUGCAGCUUAUUUCAAAGAAGAAGAGAAAAACCAAAUACUCAAGGAUGUGCCUAACAAUGAUGCACCAGAACUAGCAGCAACAGAGCUGGUCCCCUGUAGCUUGUGUGGACGUCAAUUUCUAGCACAUCGUCUGGAGAAGCAUACUCAAGUUUGUCAAAAGAUGCAACAAUCCAAUCGAAAAGUAUUUGACUCAUCUAAAGCACGAGCUAAAGGAACAGAUCUUGAGCAAUACUUGCAAACUAAAGGACGAACUCAGCAGAAUGCUCCCAAGAUACAGAACAAUGCAUGGAAGCAUAAACAUGAGUCUUUUCAGCAAACAAUUCGUCAUGCUCGUGCAGUGCAGCAGAUUAUAGCCCGGGGGGGAAAGUUAUCUGAUCUGCCUCCCCCUCCAGUUGAGGAAAACCCAGAUUAUGUGACUUGCCCUCACUGCAAUCGUCGGUUUGCCCCACGAGUAGCAGAAAGGCACAUCCCUAAAUGUGAGAAUAUUAAAAGCAAACCACGGCCGUUACCUCCUCGUAGACGCUAAAGAUGAGUGGACUGCAAGUAAAGAAUAUGUUUGUGCUUUUUGUAAAAUCAAGAUGUCUCUCUACCUUUUUGUAAAACUUACUUGUAUGCCUUUUAUAAACAUUAGUGAAGGA